AUGGGUGCUUCUUAUUUUCAACUUUUAGCUGCUUUCUGUUCUAUGGCUAAGAUUAAUAUUGAUGACGCACAACGUGUAUUCAAUAAUACUAAAUUCAUAAAUGAUCGUGUUCUUGCUCCAUCCUUUUUUCUUCAAAAAACUCAAGCGAUAAUAGAUUCAUUUAUUAACACAACACGCAACAACUUUGUACGGACAUUUAACUGGAUUCAUGUUGCACUUAUUUUCAGUCAAUAUUUUAAUGGAGGAAACAUUAAUUUUGAUAUUACUUUAACCAGUGAUGAUCAACUUUCUAUUAAAUUCACUAAUUAUCAAAUAUAUUCCGUUUUUGCAGAGGGAAACUUUGCUUCUAAUGACAUGUGUAAAUGUUCAGUGAACUACAACGUCUGCUUUAUUAUACCUCUAUUAUAUAUAAAUGCAUCAUAUUAUGAUGAAUUUCCAAUAACUUCUUUUUUUCAAACGGUAUAUAUCGGUUGUACACCUUUACUUGGAUUUCGAAAUUCGAAGAUUGGAUGGUGGUAUAAUAGUACAUAUCUAGAAUACAUUAAAGAAACUUAUUCAAUCGUUAUUAAGUCUCAGCCACCACCAGAUAUAAAAUCUCUCAAUGCAUCAAUAUUCACUCGAUUUGAGAACGAAAAAAUGCUCAAUUUGAUUGAUGAAAUGUUGUUAGAAACAAUAAUAAGUAAUAAUACCCAUUUUGAUCAAUUCUAUAAUGAAUGUUUACCUCGAACUUGCACAUACACAAAUAAACAACGUCGCGAAAUUCUAGCAUCAUUACUUCCUCUUAUUGCUAUAUGUGGUGGUCUAAACAAAAUUUUUCGAAUACUUAUACCAUUGUUUGGUAAACUUAUUUUCUCGUGUAUUGAUUGGUGGAAAAGACGUCAUACUCGACGUAAUCAUCCUUCAGAUGAUAUUACUUGUCCUUGCACACAUAUAUCAAUUCCUUACGAUAAUUUUAUCAAUGAAUUACAAGUCAAUGCAUUUCAUGAAGCAUGUACAACAAAUGCAAUUCAUGAUAUUUUGAGAGCUGGUAAUAUGAUUUAA